AUGACCGACGUUAAUAUAUCAACAUUCAUUCCAACUAUCAAAACUAUACUUAAGAAUUCAGAUCCUAAUGAAAUCACUGCUAGAGACAUUCGACUGAAGUUGGAGGAGGAUUUUAAUGUUGACCUUACAGACAGAAAACAUGAAGUGCAACAACUUAUCGAAAAAUGUUUUGACGAUUUAGAAAUCGGUGAAGAAAGUGCAAACACUGAUGAUGACGCAAAAAAAUCCCAUAACUCGUCCAAAUCAUCUAAUGUAAAAGCAAAAUCAUCCAAAGUACCCGUAAAAUCCGAACAAAUAUCUGAUUAUUCAUCCCUGGAGGAUGAUUAUAAACCACAAAAAAAAAAGAAGAGAGGUAGAAAACCAAAAAGUUCUCAAUCCAUCGAAUUCUUAUCUGAUGACGAAUAUGAGAGAAAGUUCGAAGAAGAAUUGAAUGGUGCUA